CUGACCCCGCAAGAUGGCUGCGUCCAGGGAGGCCGCCGAAGCGAGGCUUUGAGCCGGUGGGAGACAAACCAGGGCAGACCCUGCUUAGCAGAGGGGACCAAUCCAGGCUUGCUGCUGCCUGACCAGCUCUCCUCCCAUGUCACUGGAAGAGAUCACUUUUUCCCACCAGGAGGAAUGAAUCUGAGUCAAGAAGAAAGAUCUACCAAUCCCAGCACUGCCAUGUCGAAGAUCUCCCGAGCAGCCAAAGCGGUGCAAAAGGUGGAUCCCGGAAGUGUGAUCCGGACGAUCAUUCGCGCAGGGCAGGCUGUUCCCGGACCCCCCUUGGGGCCUGUCCUUGGGCAGAGAGGCAUCCCCAUCGGACAGUUUUGCAAGGACUUCAACGAGCAGACCAAGGACAUCAAGAGUGGGGUCCCGUUGCCCACCCGCAUCACUGUACGGCCUGACAGAUCCUACGAGAUCCAGAUAAACAAGCCCACCGCCAGCUAUUUCCUCCUUUCCGCAGCUGGGAUAGAAAGGGGAGCAAGGAAUCCUGGACACGAGGUGGCUGGGAUGGUGACCCUGAAGCACCUGUACGAGAUUGCCCUGGUGAAGUCUCAGGACCCGUCUUUCGUGCUGAAUGACUUGCCCCUCGAGAAGGUCAUCCGGUCCCUCAUGGGCAGCGCCAAGUCGCUGGGCAUCAAGGUGGUGAAAGACCUCAGUGCAGAGGAAUAUGCUACCUUCCUGAAGCAGCGAGAGGAGGCGUUGGCAGCGGAGGCUGAAGCAAAAGCAUUGGAGCUGCAGGAAGCAGGGAAUAAAUGAACCCCCCUCUUUGCUCCUUGGAGGACCGGCCGGCUGGCGGGGUUGGGAUGGGGCUGGUGGAGCCUGCCUGCCGCUGCCUUGUCCCCACUCUCUGUGUGCUGCUGGGAAAUAAAGUUUGCUUCAUUGGUA